AUGUACAUCGAGGAUGUAACAAAUCGCUUGUUUGAUUUUGCUUUUAUCAUCGUUUUCCUCGACUAAUAAUAUGCAUAUGCAUAACCGUUCGACUAGCAAUAUCUCAUUUACAUUCAGGAUUAUAGAUUCAUCACUAACCAAUAUAACAUUAACAAGGAUGAUGUUGCAACUACUGUCUGUCGCAAGCCUUUGAGGACCACACAAAAUGAGGACAAUAAUGUGUUCAUGGACAUUGGCGAAGCUCACCAAGACAAGAUGGCAGACUAUUCUUGUUAUAAUUGUUUUCCUUAUCAUCCUAAUGAAUCUUAUGCGGGUUUUAGUUACAAGCAACAAGUCUAGGCGGCGCUUCGUUGCAGGGAGUAGCUCCAAGUUUAUCUGGGACCAAGGGUCAUUGAAGGGACCAGUGCCAUAUGCGGUACCAUCUCGACCAUGGCAGUAUUGUAACUCGCCCUAUCUGCCUGUACAUGGAGAGGAAGGCAAUGUUCCCACCGGCUUUAAACUAAAGUCAGUGUACAUCCUCAUCAGGCAUGGCGACAGAACACCAAUGACCACAUUUCCACAGCUCGCACGUCAUAACUUCGAUUGCCGUUUGAAGCCGAGCAUGUUCCCGAAUCAUACAAAUUUUCAGGGAUUCGUCAAUGAUCUCCGGAAACAGCAGGACCAACGCCGAGCAAACGAUCCAUUCAAAAGUUUUCCUGUUUACCCAAUGGUGAAACACUGCGAUAAUGCGCAAUUAACGGGUCAUGGUGUUGCACAACAUCUUGGAAUCGGGGAAUACCUUGGUGAAAUUUACAAUGAAAAACUCGGCCUUUUAAAAGAGGAUUUUAAACCUAAACAGAUUCUUUUACGAAGCACAAAGUAUACACGAACAUAUCAGAGCGCUUUAGCAUUUCUCUACGGAUUCUUACCGAAGUUUCAACUGUCACAUUUAAAAUUUGAACCAGGUAUCAUAACGUUUUGCAACCCGAGGUUUAUCACUGGCGGUUGUAAUUGUCGCUUUCAUAAUGUGAUACACCGAAAUGUACCCAUGGAAGUGAAGAUACUAGGGGGUGAUCAGUGGACAGAUGGAUUCAAAGAUGCAUGUGAUAGCUUGGGGUUGAAUGUCAAGCCGCAUAUGGCACCUAACAUCAUGGACACAUUAAACGGGAGAUUCUGUCACGGGGCACCUUUACCAUGCAUUGACGGUAAACCGUGCGAUGCGGAUGAAAUAAUGAAGGGAGUAUGGGAUAUAAUUGACCGGAAUGGCCGGCUUCAAAUCCAGAGCGACUCCUACCAGAAAUCACAACGUUUAUUGAUGCACCCAAUGUUGAAAGAAAUUGCCACUAUGAUGAACGACAGAAUAAAUUCUCCAGCAAAAAAUCGGACAAAAUUUGUCUUAUUUUCUGGCCAUGACAUCACUAUUACUGCACUGAAUACAGCGUUAGGCGUGCACGAAGGUUUCUGGCCUCCUUACGCCUCCAGAAUUGUUUUUGAACUCUACAGCUCCAAAGGAUCACAUGAUGUCAAAUACUUUAUAAAGGUUCUAUUUAAUGGGAGGGAUGUAACGAAAUUUGUUCGGUUCUGUAAGGAGAAACUCCUCGGUGGGCUUUGCCCGUUUGAGCGCUUUAUGGAGUUUGUCCAGGUGGAGAAUCUAAAAGAAAUGUUUGGGGUAGAAAAAUAUGCUGAGGCCUGUGCUCUUCAUAAGCCAUAAAGAGGGCUCUAGGCAGGAAUUGUGGAGUAGAGGAUCCAAAGGAUUGAAUUAUUUUGUCGGAUGAAUGGGUUUUGAGAUUUUUCCACUGCAGUGACGAAUGCGGGAAACUGCACAGCUUUCACAGGCAUCGGAUUAAUUUUCAAGUUGUUCGUUGGCUCGGCGAUUUUUUAAACUGACCACAAAGCAGGCGAAAAUGGCUAAACCAAGGCAGGAAACCACCCUAGUGGAGAACAAACCUUUUUAUUUUUAAGGGUCUUUUAUGGUUGAGGGCAUUCCCUGUCGUUUAAUUUCAUCAAUUAUUUUUUACAUCUUUUGCUAAUGUUUUGUGUGCCUGAUUCUGUGUGGGUAUCGUACCAGUGUUUCAGCAAGAAAUCUUAAGAGGCAGGGCAGGAAAGAACACAGCCUGAAAAAGUUGAGGUACAGCGCUCUGCUUUAAAUGAAAUAAAUUAGUCACUUGUCAUGCUUGUGAAAAGACUGGGUGCUGCACCCUGCUAAAAUUCUUUAGCUGCAACACAUUGUACUUUAAAGAGGUAAUUUUCUUCAUCUUCUCUAAAGUUUUAACGUGUUGUAUCAUCAAUAUGUAGUUGUUUUUUUCUGUUAAAAGUGGUUUCAUAAUCAGAACUGGCUCAACAAUGGGGCAACAGUUUUUUUGGCUGUUGACUUGGGUGAUGUGCACCAGAAACCCCAAAUUGAUGUUUUGAAGGUAUUAAGAAAGUAGUUACGAAUAUGUAAGGGGAUCAAAAAUCUCAGAAUUCAUGCAUGGGCAGUUGCAGAUAAUUAUUGGUGCCAUAAACACUGCCCGUAGCUGGUGCUUUCCCCUUAACAAAAUACAGCAGAAUUUUUCCGACUUGUUCACUGUUGGUAAUUGUUUUGUUAAAAGGACCAAAAAUCAGUCUGUUUUGACCCGAUUGCUGUUGACCAAUUUUACAACGAUAUACCGAACAAAACUCUAAUUGUUAUAACAAAGAUGUGCUGGAUGCUUUAUUUUAUCUUUUAAUCUGCAGGACUGCAUUUGUCCCAAGACUGUCCUUCAUUAGUUUUAACUGUACUGCAUGUACCAAGUAAUUUGCAUAUCUAAUUCGGUCUUAUACUUUAUUCUUAUUGGUGCUGCAUGCUGUGAGACAUUAGAUGGCAUCAUGCUAUAUUUUUGUCAUUAAAAGCUUACUGGUAUUUUCGUUUUUAAGGGAUAAACAUUUUCUCCCAGUUCAAUUUUAAGUUCAUGUUGAAAAUGUGUAAUGUUUUACUGGUAAAUGGGAUAUAAACAUGUUAAAAGCAAAGUUUUAUCUAUUCAUGUAUUUUAAGAUAUUUAAAAUAUUUUUGUGUGAAAUAGAUGAGAAGUUUUCUUGAUCUUCAUGUAUUUUUCGAGGAGAAACAAUAUGAUACUGAUCUCGUUCUCACGUGUAUAUCUGGUAAAAUCUUAAUUGGUAUGCACCACAGAAACAAGCCAUUUAAUCACUGCGACCUGCUAUCUUAAUUGCUGACAAGAAAAUCUCAUGUCUGCGAGGAACCCAGUAGUCGUUGGGUUUGAUAUUCAUUUGUGGGGCACACACAUUUUCCCAGGCACUCUACUGGGCAGGCUGCUCAGGAAGUUGGAAGGCCUGCCUUGCUUGCAAAUAGAACUAAGAUAAGAUUCUCGACUAGUUCGGGAACUGAUUCUCGGGGAUGCAGCAAAGCAAUAGUAUUUUCAAACAGUUCUGUCAAUUUUAUAAUGUGCAAUGCAGAAUUAGGAAAGAUAAAAAAUUCAUAUAUCUCGGCCAUAAUCCUAACAAUCAGUUAUUAGAGCAUUUUGAAUAUAUGUACUAAGGGUUGUUGAUUAAUAAA